UGUAGCUUGUGUUCCCCACCCUCUGACGGGAAGACUGGAUUGUAGGCUGAGGGGCCGUCACGGCCUCUCCCACAGGACAUUUACUGCCACAGUCCCAAGGCACCUGCUUCAGGCCUUGAGCAGCUUGAAGCUUCCAGCAGUCUGGAGAAGCCCACGUUCUGACAGAGCUAGACUUCACACCGAGCAGCGGCGGCAGUCGGAGAAACCAGAGAAAGCGCCACCCAGCUCCAGAUUCCAAGAGGCCUGCUGGGGACUCCCUUCUCUUCCUCCUCUUCCUUCCGAGACCCCAGAGCCACAGUCUCACACCAGCUCCCGAGCUGCAAUGGGACUGGCAGCCACCGCCCCCUGGCUGCCCUCCGCCCUGCCAAGCAGAUAGGGCGGUAGCUACCCCAGGAGUACCUGCCCCCUCUCAACCUGGGCCAGCCUUUCCCGACUUGGUGGCCACCCUUGCUGACCCGAGGCCAUGUAGGUCCUAGCUCAGGCCACUGGACACACUGCUGGGGACAGUGCCUCUGCUGUCAGGGGGCACCCAGUGCACCAUCAUGCCCUGGGGACUCGCCUGGUUAUACUGUCUUGGGAUCCUACUUGGCAUGACUUUGGGGAACGAGAAUUUGGAGAUGUGGACUCUGACCCAAGAUAAGGAGUGUGACCUUACGGGCUACCUUCGGGUCAAGCUGCAGUACAAGAACCGGCUUCAGUACAUGAAACAUUACUUCCCCAUCAACUACAGGAUCCCUGUGCCUUAUGAGGGGGUGCUCAGAGUCGCCAACAUCACGAGGCUGAAGGCCCGUGUGAGCGAGCGGGAGCUGCGGUACCUGUGGGUCCUGGUGAGUCUCAAUGCCACUGAGUCUGUGCUGGACGUGCUGCUCCAGGGCCACCCGUCCUGGGACUAUCUGCAGGAGGUUCAGACACUGCUGGAGAAUGUUCAGCGGAGCCUCAUGGAUGUAGAGAUCGGUCCUCAGGUGGAAGCCGUGUUAUCUCUUCUGAGUACCCCAGGCCUAAGCCUGAAGCUGGUGCGGCCCAAAGCCUUGCUGGACAACUGCUUCCGGGUUAUGGAGCUGCUGUACUGCUCUUGCUGUAAACAAAGUCCCAUCCUGAGAUGGCAGGACUGUGAGCUGCCGAGUCUCCAUCCCCACAAUCCAGGAUCCUUGAUGCAGUGUGCAGCUACCCACGUGUACCCUUUGCCUCGGCAACCCCCCACCUCCCUGCCCGGUUCCCCCGGCUCAAGUCACGGUCCAUUCCCCUGAGCCAUCUGUGUUGACCACAGGUCAGGCCACUGGAUGUCUUCCAGGAACUGGCCCGGGUCUGAGGCUUUCUGGGAUGGUAGGUAGGUAGACCUGCAGGAAAGCCCUCCUGGGAAAGGCAUCGUGCCAGGCUCAGCUUCCUGCCUUUCGUACCUAAGUGAUGCCACCUGGAGCCUCAGGAGGGCGGGGUGGAGGGGAAGGCUGGUGCUGCCACCCACAGCCACCCCUACCUGUGACUGGUUCUGCUAUCGGCAAAUGCUGUUGCCCCACAGAAUUCUGGGACUCACUGGGGCUUUGCAAGCGUGCUGAACGCGGGGUGCUGGACCGAGGACUGACCAAAUGCCGUAUCUUGCCACAGCAGUGCUUUCCCGGUUCCUUUUCUAUUAAACGACCACUCGCUUGGUUUGGCUUGCACCCGUGAAGGUGAACCCGGAGGGACUAAGUUCUGGAGACAGGUG